UGCGCCGCUUCUCCGCUGUUGCCGCCGCCGCCUCUGUUGCUGGGGUGGGAGAGAGGAGGGGCCGAGAGGACCCUGGACCGCUCGUCCCCGUGGCUGUGUUUGUACCUGAGCGGCCUCCUUUCUCUGUCGUGCGUUAACGGCCGCGGUGUCGAGGGGCAGCCCCUGGGGACACCUCGGCACGCAGCGGACAUGCCUCUCUUUGCCACCAAUCCUUUCGACCAGGAUGUUGAGAAAGCAACUAGUGAGAUGAAUACUGCUGAGGACUGGGGCCUCAUCUUGGAUAUUUGUGAUAAGGUUGGCCAAUCUCGCACUGGACCUAAAGACUGUCUUCGUUCUGUUAUGAGAAGAGUAAACCAUAAAGACCCCCAUGUUGCUAUGCAAGCUCUAACUCUUCUAGGAGCAUGUGUAUCAAACUGCGGCAAAAUUUUUCACUUAGAAGUGUGUUCAAGAGAUUUUGCUAGUGAAGUAAGCAACGUAUUAAAUAAGGGUCAUCCUAAAGUAUGUGAAAAAUUAAAAGCUCUCAUGGUUGAAUGGACAGAUGAAUUUAAGAAUGAUCCACAGCUUAGUCUGAUAUCGGCAAUGAUUAAGAACCUUAAGGAACAAGGUGUUACAUUCCCAGCUAUUGGCUCUCAGGCUGCCGAACAAGCGAAAGCAAGCCCAGCUCUGGUAGCCAAAGACCCUGGCACUGUGGCUAACAAAAAGGAAGAAGAAGAUUUAGCAAAAGCAAUUGAGUUGUCUCUCAAAGAGCAAAGACAGCAGUCAGCCACCCUUUCCUCUUUGUAUCCAAGCACAUCUAACCUCCUAACUGACCACCAGCAUGAAGGUAGAAAAGUUCGUGCUGUAUAUGACUUUGAAGCUGCUGAGGAUAAUGAACUUACUUUUAAAGCUGGAGAACUUAUUACAGUUCUUGAUGACAGUGAUCCCAACUGGUGGAAAGGUGAAACCCAUCAAGGCAUAGGGCUUUUUCCUUCUAAUUUUGUGACUGCAGAUCUCACUGCUGAACCAGAAAUGAUAAAAACAGAGAAGAAGACGGUACAAUUCAGUGAUGAUGUUCAAGUAGAGACAAUAGAGCCAGAACCAGAACCAGCCUUUAUCGAUGAGGAUAAAAUGGACCAGUUGUUACAGAUGUUGCAAAGUACAGAUCCCAGUGAUAAUCAGCCAGACUUACCAGAGCUACUUCAUCUAGAAGCGAUGUGUCACCAGAUGGGACCUCUCAUUGAUGAAAAACUGGAAGAUAUUGAUAGAAAACAUUCAGAACUCUCAGAACUAAAUGUGAAGGUGAUGGAAGCUCUCUCAUUGUAUACGAAAUUAAUGAAUGAAGAUCCAAUGUAUUCUAUGUAUGCAAAAUUACAGAAUCAGCAGUAUUAUAUGCAGUCAUCUGGUGUUUCUGGUUCCCAGGUAUAUCCAGGACCUGCUCAAAGUGGUACCUACCUGGUUACGGGGAGUGCACAGAUGAGCCAUCUCCAGAGCUACAGUCUGCCCCCAGAGCAACUCUCUUCCAUCAGCCAGGGAGCAGUUCCACCCUCUGCAAACUCUGCUCUUCCUAGUCAGCAGACCCAGGCUUCUUACCCAAAUGCAAUUGUUAGCUCUGUUCAAGGAAACUCGUAUCCCAGUCAGGCUUCAUUAUAUAGUCCUGCUGCUGCUGCUGCUGCUGCUGCUGCUGUACCUGUACCUAUUCCUGCUGCUGUACCUGUGCCUGCUGAUGUCACCAUAUACCAGAACGCGGGACCUAAUAUAUCCCAGGUGCCAAACUAUACUUUAACAUCAUCAGCCCUGCCUCAAGGAGGAGGAAGCCAACAGCCACCUCAGCCACAGCAAGCAUAUUCUCAGAAGGCUCUGCUAUAGGACUUGAUGUUCCUCUUGGUGGCAUGUUUUCUGCUGAAUGCCAUUGACAAUGUUAGGAGAUUCAUUAACAUCCUAAGAUUUGUUUUUCCUCAGCUUAUAGGAAUCUGUCUUGGUCAACAAGUUCAAAUAUUCAAGAAGGUAGAACUGUCUUCAAUUUGCACUGACUUUUUAGAGGUCUGCCCCUUCCCCAGAGGAAUGAAACUACUUACAACAUUUAUUUCCUUUCAUAAUAUGAAGAAUCUUUACAAGAUUAUUAUCUUGUAAAAUUACCUGAUCUGCAACACUCAAAAGUUCAAAAACUGCUGUGGCAAAUGUUAUGUACAUAUAUUGACAUGUAACUUCAUUAGUGACCAUUUGAAUUACAAUGGUGAUCAUGUGAAUAUAUUUAACACUGUUAAAUUAAUUUACAUUGCUGUUUUAUUUUAAUCAUGAACAACUACCAUGUUUGCUAAUGUUUUGUGUAAAUUUAAGUACACUAUCUCUUUAAGCUGCAAGAGAACCAAGUUGUAGCACAUUGACCCGAAGGCAUUGUUGUCCUGUUGUAGUGUCACAUUAAAUCGAACCUUCCUUUUACUAAUUGUGAGCAAAACCUAUGUAUGUUAUGUCUUUCUGUAGCUUCUGCCCGCUACUGGCUGUCAUCACACCAGCAUACAGUAGCCACAUUUUUGGUGCAGUUAGAGGAGAAUAAUGUUCCCUUUAAACUUUUGUAUUUUGGCAUGAUGUUCCAGGUAUUGUGGACCAUGAGACAAAAAUUAGUCUUUAUAUAUUAUUUUUAAAGAAGUAAUGUUGAUUUACUUUUCCCUAGUUGAAUGUGGUGAUUAGAUUUUAAAGCGGUAUUCUGUUUUCUUGGUAGCAGUGACACCAAAGAUAGAGGCAAUGCAUAGAAAGUUUUCAACGGGAAAAAAAUGAACUAACACUAUGUUUUCAGAGUCUCUUGUAAUUUUUAAGAUCAAAACAAAAUUUGAUUCACUUGUCUUACCCCACUAGUUUUUUAAGAUAUGUCUUUGACACAUUGUAUCUUUCAAUUCUCAUUAAAAUGGCUAUAAGUAGGUGUUUGAAAGUAA